AUGCCGUCCCCGCGCCUGCUCUUCCGCCGCGCGCAGACGCCGCUGGCCGCGCUCUCACUGCUCGUCGGCGGCGCCUACGUGGCCGACCACGUCCACGCCCACGUCGUGUCCCGAUCGCUGCGGCUGGUGGCCACGGGCGGCCGCGUCGUGCGCGACUACCGCCUCCACGUUCGAGGCACUGCGCGGGACGAUCCGAGCUACCGGUCCAAGUUGCAGCGCCUCAACGAGCGCACGGCCCAGCGGCUCCUGCACCUGUGCUACGAGAACGGGGGCAUGUACACCAAGUGGGGCCAGCAAGUCGCGACGUUGACCCACGGACUGCCCGUUGCGUACACGGAGACGCUGGCACAGCUGCAGGACCGGGCCAAGCCCGUGUCGUUCCAGAAGGUCGUGCAGGCGAUCGAGGCAGAGCUCGGCCAGCCCUGGCGGCACGUGUUUCAGGAACUGGACGAGACCCCACUUGCUUGUGCUUCGCUUGCACAGGUGCACCGUGCAGUCGACCACCUCGGACGGGAGGUGGCCGUCAAGGUCCAGUACCGCCACUUGGAGUCGCAGAUGCAAGCUGACAUCCAGGUCAUCAAGUGGGCGUUCCAGCUGACCGAGUAUUUCUUUCCAGACGUCCGGAUCCAGUGGCUCGUGCCUGAGUUCGAGAGCGCAAUCUUAUCGGAGCUGGACUUUGAGAACGAGAAGAAAAACAGCCGGCGCGUUGCAGAUUGCUUGAAACACAACGACAGUGUCCACGUGCCGAUCGUGUACGACGAGCUGAGCACGAAGAAGAUACUGUCCAUGGAGUUCAUCGAUGCCCCGAAGAUUUCGCAAGUCGAUGCCAUCAAGGAACUAGGCCUGGAUCCGCCCAACGUUGCGCACUUGCUGUGUGAAGUGUUCAGCGAAAUGGCAUUUCGUCACGGAUUCGUACAUUGUGAUCCGCACGCGGGAAAUGUUUUCGUACGUCGCAAUCCCGAUCCUCAAGCCAAGCGGAAAGAGCAGCUUGUCUUGCUGGACCAUGGCCUAUACCGCGAGUUGGAUUGCGAUUUCCGGAAAGCAUAUUGUGACCUGUGGAGGGCAAUGCUGUUGCGCGACAACGUUCUGUUGGACGACUGUGGCAAGCGAUUGAACCUUGGGGAGCUUACCAAAUACUUACCGCUGCUAUUUACGCACCGGACGAUCGACCGAAAGGGACGACCAGAUGCGGCAAUGAGCCAGUAUGAGCGUAAGAAGCUCUCCAAUGAUCUCAAAAACAUGCAUGUAUCAAGCUUCACUGACUUUUUCGAGCAGCUUCCGAGAGAUAUGUUGUUCGUCUUACGAACGGACAAUAUGGUUCGAGCUCUGAAUAAGGAUUUGGGAGGAACGACGAGGGAGCGUUUUCACGUCAUGGGCAGUUAUGCUGUGAGUGAGCAUUCAGCUUUCUACUCAGCUUCUGCUAAGGCAGGAAAUGGCGGACUGCGGACGUCGAUGAGCUACUGGUGGAAUCAUGUCAACUUGGUAUUACGUUUCCACGUAGUUGACUACACUUUGGCCGCUAUGCAGUACGUCAGGGGAGAGCCUAACGCGAAGACCCAGCGCGUGGUGGCUCCGUAG